AUGCCGAGACAUUCAGAUGCGAGGUCGCAGAUCAGUUUAAGGCUGGAGGAGUUGUUGGAGAGGGAGCGGGUAGGGGAAGAACCCGAUGCAGACUCAGACUUCGAAAGUGAGUUUGAAGAGGGUGCUAAACCAUCGAGGCUAUUGAAGAAAUUGCGAGGGGUGGCUUGGAUGGAGUGGGAGGAUCGCGCGCUUGCAAAGCAAGUGCUUGCAGACAAUCCUAUCGUUAAUAGGGACAGAACAGACAGGCUCGUUCUAAUUCACAAGAGUAACGAGAGCAACUCCAAACAAAAAACAAGGGUUGACGAGGACCCAACUGAGUUUUUGGAAAAUAUGUCGGAGAUAGUGAAUUUGUUUGAUUCUAUUUCGUUGAACGCCAGUAUUAGGAAAGAAGCAAGGGAUAGAACAGCGGCGGUAAAGGAAAAAGGUACUAUAAUCAGACAAGCGUCCAAGGGGAACAGAGUUCUCAAAAAGAGCUUAAUGGAAGCGGAUGGGGGUGUAGAGAAUGGAUCUUCUCGUACAUCUAGUGCAGUUAAGGCUCCAAAAAAUCAAUUAGCACAACAGGUUGAUGAGGCGGUGAAAUUAAUGAAGGAGAAGGCGGUGAAUCUAGAAAAAGAAAUUCUCGGGAAAAGAAAUAGGGAUGAGGAAUUGCGGGAUGAUGUUCGCAUGUUGAUUGAGUCUCAACGGACAACCAAUAUGCUACUUCAGAACUUUGUUAAGCAAUCUAACCCUACUCCGGAUUAUGUACAUGAAAGUACUCCUCAAGAGUAG